GUUUUUACUACGUUCUCCAUUUCCCCCAGUUUCUAACAGAAGUGCAGUUGUUUCCUCUCCCAGGAGUGAUUUCCUUUCGGACAACCGCCCUCCCUCGGCUCCGCGAAGUUGCCGGUAGCACGGAGUCGUGCUCGCGAGUUUCUUCCAAGUCGGAGCUGGCAGUGUAGUUGACUCAGAAUUCUUCUCUUUCCCAUUUUUUUCCUCACCAGGACUCAUUUGACGUGGCAGUGGCAGAUUUCGCGGAGCUGCGGGCGGGCGGACGGACAGACUGAUUCCUGGACGUUCUCCCCACGUCCCGUUGUACUGCCAGCGGAUUCAUGAGAGACCGGGGCCGUUAGCCGCAAUGGGGUGCGGACUCAGGAAACUGGAGGACCCGGACGACAGCAGCCCAGGGAAGAUCUACUCCACACUGAAAAGAGCGCAAGUUGAGACUAAAAGCGACGCCGUCUACGAAUAUACCCUGCUGGACUUCUCUCUGGAGGGUUCAACAAACCCUGAAGUAAUUCGAAUCAGCUCCCUGCGAGAUAUAACAUGUGAGCUUGAGCAGCAUUACAGGAAGGGGUUUGUACUUGCUACUCUUCAUCCAGUCGUGCUAUCUGUAGGUCGAAAGCGACAGCUUCCAGUCAGUCUUCUGUAUCGGGCUGUAUUGUCACGGCUCCGACCCAGCUCAAAAUAUGCUGCCUCUGCAGGUCCAGGUACUCCACGAUUGCUGAUAGAGGAAUGGCCACUUCCUGGUGAGACCCUUACAAGUGAAGUGGUCAGUAGUCUUCUUGACAAGGUCAAUAUAUGUGGCCAGCGUGGAAUGAGGUUCCUUGGCUUUGUGCCCCAGCAAAGCAAGGGUACAUCACAGUCAUGCAAUGGAGGAGUACCAAGCCCUAAGCCAAGUAGCCGUGGGUCACCAAAUGGUCAGUCUUCUGAGAGUGGUAUUGAGGAUGACCCUCUGCAGGAGAAUGGUGCAAUUCUGGAGGGAGGUUUAAGCGGACGCACAUUAAACAGGACUGAUGAUACAAGACUCUUUGCUGUUUUCCACAUUUGGGACACUGGCUACCCUGCCUGGACAGCUCCUGAUGAAGACCACCCUCGCUGGACCUACCAUCAAGGUGCACUCUCUAUGAAGGUCACAAGGAAGGGGCAGAUGAUCAGUGGAUUGGAAGCAGAUUGGCUGGAGCUCACCACAUCUUACUACAAGAAAGGCUGGUCCUUAAUUGACUCAUUUGUGUACUGGGAAACCAGGAAGGGGGAGCCAGUACCCCGCUCUCUAGAGGGUCUGUUUGUGUAUGAAGAAGGCCGAGGCUGUAAUGAGCCAACUCCGGGCAAUGACACCAUUGUAGUGGAGCAGUGGACUGUCAUUGAGGGCUGCGAGGUGAAGACGGAUUACGGCCCAUUGAUACACACACUGGCAGAGUUUGGUUGGUUGCUCACAUCUGUGCUUCCCACGCCCAUCAUCCGGCAUGACAGUGAAGGAAACCUGUGCACCAAGCAGGUGGUGUUUUUGCAGAGGCCAGUGGGAGGCAGCUCUUCUGAGCCCAGGCCAUUGAUGCAAGAGAAGCUUGCAAGUCAGUCUCCACACUCUGAAGUUAGCCCACAUACAGUGAGCCGAGGCAUGGGUGGAGCCAGUCGAGAUGUCUUUGGCGCAGGUGACGGGGACUUCUCCAGCUUUGGUGGUUAUCCUAACAUGCUGAAGGACUUGGAAGAAGUGGGCUAUGAGCAGGAAGAAGGAGCUUCUGAGGUCACCUGUAUGUGAACUCUGUCACGACUGCAAAGGAAUUAUCACGCAAUGGGAGCGAAGGACCAAAACUGGAAAUUUGUUUAUUUACACCGAUGAGCACACUGGCCGCUUACAAUAACUUUGCCAUCUGUUUACGUUCGGUGCCUUCAAGUAUCUGCAGUUGUCCUCCUCCUCCACCUCUUGCCUCUUUAAAGCACGUGUCUGUCCUUCUCGUAACUUUCACAAGUUGGCCUUGUUUAUAACGACACCAGCACUCUGAUUCCUGUUCCUCUUGCACAUCUCAAGUCGUCCCCGAUCUGAAGCACUGGGCACUCACGUAGAUUUGUAUUGUGUGUGCUGUGUAGCUGAUGUACGUUGGUACUUGGCAAGAGUGGCCAGGUCAGUGCCUUAGGACACAGCUCUGAAAUGUUGAUAGCAACAUGGAGUCCUGUACCUGCCAGCUGGCUCCUCAAAGUGGGGGUCCAAGAGACAACAUGGGUCAUGAUGACUGGAGCAUAUGGAGUGUGCUGCCUGAACAUUUUAGUUCAAAUUGAAAAUUUGAGUAUCUUUAAGUUGGGUUUGCUUUUUUCUCCCUGACCCAGAAAGCAAAAGGAUGGCCUAAGCUCAGGUCUGCUCUGUUGUUUGGUUUUCCUCCUGUUUCAUUUUCACUUCAUGCCACACUUUAAGGGUCCAAAGCAGAACAAAGCUUUCCACUCAUUCAUCCCCUCUCAUCAGAACUUCAGUCCAGAGCUCAUAUCCCAGUGGUCCUGGUCCUGUCCUGAGCAGUUUACUUUGUAUUUGCCAUCAAUAUCAAAAGACGACGAGUAUAACAAACAGCUUCUUUGUAUAAAGUGCGGCCUUCUUGGUGGCUGUUAAUUGUGUUUUUAAAGGCACACAACUUCAUGGCCUCCACAUAAUGUAGUUUGGGGUCACAGGGACCAGGAAGUGGUGGGCACAAGGCAGGAACCAUCACUCGACAGGUGUCAGCCCUUCACAGGGCAUAAUUACUGUAAAUAAAGAACUAAAUCCGGUCUUACCAAGCAAAAUGUACAAAGUAACACCUGGCAGCCAACCUGACAGCACUCCUGAAUCUUCAAAGAGCCGGGUGAUCCGUGACUUUCCUACAAGACGCGUUUCCUCUUCAAGAUGGAAUCCUGCGUAUUACAAAUGGCCAUGAAGCUUUUCCUCAAUUGAACAUCGUAAACGCGACACACACAGUGGGUCUUUUAUUCACGCUUGGUGAAGUCAGAGGUCGUCGGUCUGCUUGGCCAUCCUCUGUUUUUGCCUUCAUAGUUUGGGGGUGAAGCGGUGGUCUUAUGAUUGCUACGUUUGGUAGAACUGUCAUAGUUCCAGUUGUUCAGUCUGCUCUUAUAGUCCACACUAACACGGCUACAACUGAAAAUAUCUUUGUUGUAAUUUGCUUUGGCCCUCCAUCCACACUGAAACAGCCUUUAAUGACCAUUAGAAACCGUCACGUGACUAGAUGCGGACUACAGUCUCCUCUUUAUUUAUUUAUUAUAUCAUCAUUUCCUAACUGAUUUGACGGUAUGUAUUUUGGCAGGACCCCAGUCUGUGUUUGUGCUUGUUUGUAACUUUUAAAAGCACUUGGAUUUCAUUUUCUGUGUUUACCUCAUUCUU